AUGGAGGGGGAGCUGAAAGAGUUGUUGAGUGAUCUCAAAACUCAAAAAAACUAUUUGCCUGAUCGCUCUGAUUACUCGCUGAUUGAUAAGAUGCAAUCACGUGUUGAGCAUUUUUUUAAGACAGCAGCAUCAGGGCCAGGACAGCGUUCAAAAAUCAAGGAUAUGAGCGCUGAGGUGGUUGAUAGCAAUCCUUACAGUAGACUAAUGGCACUUCAGAGAAUGGGUAUUGUGGACAAUUAUGAAAGAAUUCGGGAGUUCUCUGUUGCCAUAGUUGGUAUAGGUGGUGUUGGCAGUGUUACAGCUGAGAUGUUAACAAGGUGUGGGAUAGGUCGCCUUCUGUUGUAUGAUUAUGACACAGUGGAGUUGGCUAACAUGAACCGGCUAUUUUUUUCGUCCAGAGCAGAUGCUGCUGUCCAAACUCUAUCUGACAUAAAUCCUGAUGUUGUACUUGAGGCUUGCAACGAGUUGAACCAGACAUGGAUGGAAUCUGGUGUAUCUGAAAAUGCUGUUUCAGGUCAUAUACAGUUGUUGAUUCCUAGUGAAACUGCUUGUUUUGCAUGUGCACCUCCCUUGAUUUACAUUCUUUUGUACAAAGAGUUUGCUCUUGCACUCAAAAUUAACAGCGUCUAUAGCAAGAGAAAGCUUCUAGACAUUCAUGAGAAUGUCAGAGUGCUUCGCUAUCCUGAUCAUUUUUCUAGUGGGGUCUACUUGUGGUCCCACCAUGAAAAGAUUGUCAUCGUUGAUCACCAGAUAUGUUUCAUAGGAGGACUUGAUCUAUGCUUUGGCCGUUAUGACUCGCCUGAUCAUAAAGUGGGAGACUAUCCUUCUGUUAUAUGGCCUGGCAAGGAUUAUUACAACCCAAGGUUUGAUAUGAGGUGUUUUCUAGGUCUUCAUGGUGAGGGUUACAAUGCCCUCAAAGACUACUUCCCAACUAUGGAAAUGAAGCCAAAUCCUCUAUGUUCUAAUUCUGCUUGUUUGGAGAGGCAGAAAGAAUACACUCUUGCAAAGCCUGCCAGGGAUGCUGCUGCUAAAGCCAAGAUGGAAGCGGAAGCACCAUCAGAAACAGAGUGCCUCCAUGAAGAUAAUGAAUGGAACAUAAGCAUCAUUGAUGAUACUGAUCUGCAAGGCUCAGAUGUUGGAAUAAGUUCAGGUCCUCUUCCGGAGGGUAUCAUCCACGAGCUUCCAAGUGCAGAUGAGUUUCAAAAACCACCAGUCUCAGAGGAGUCUGCUAAUCCGGUCAAUGACCUUGAAGAUCUCAAAAGGCAGCUCGAAGCCCUUAAUGCUGACUAG